AUGACACAACACCGCCGUUUGAGGAUCAAAACUGUUGUACUACUAGCGCUUCUUUUCAUUCGUACCUGUCACGGCCGUUCUUCACGCAUCGUUCGUCAGUCGCUUCGUCACUUUACACGUCAUGUGUGCCAUCACAAUCCACAAUCGGUCUGCGGUUGUUAG